AUGCAGCCACGGCAGAGAGGCAUUACUAUGCUCUGGAUGUUCACAGACGGAAGUACAGCCCUGCUGCUGUCGUAACACAAGCCUUGACAAUGGUGCUCAAACAGUGUCAUUCACGACUCAAACAUUUGGGUGUCAACCACCCAGAACAGCGAUACGACCUUUCUUUUAAUCCAAACAGAGUGAGCAGUUUUGUGACAGCGACGGUUUCCCCGAACAUGUCAGCUUUGACAGCUGGAAACAAAUCCCGGUGUGUCGUCAUUCCACCUCUGAGCAACUUUGAGAAGCCGCUGUGGAGAGGCAGACGCGCUGGACUGAAGAGUAUGCACAUGUCUGCAGUGAGAGAGCUAAGUACCUCCAUCAAAGCCCCCCAGUAUCUGAAACCAGAUGUACCAAACUCUGAAGGCGGGAAGCUGUUUUUUGAUACCCAUGCAGUGGUGCGACUCUUUGAGGAAAAUGGCUUCACGACUCAGCAAGCUGAGGUGAUGGUUAAAGUGCUGGUGAGGAUGACAAACUCGAAUAUGGACCUCAUCUAUAAUGACAUGGUAACCAAAGUGCAGCAGGAGAUCAUGUUGCAGCGUGUGAUGUCUCAAAUAGCAGCUGUAAAGAAGGACAUGAUAAUCCUUGAGAAGAGCGAGUUCACUACUUUACUGGCAGAGAGUGAGAAACUCGAGAUCCAGUUAUUGCAGCUCAAGGUCCAACUUUCGGAUGUCAUGAAUAAAGUGCGCUCUGACACUAUUAUGGACAUGAAUUUGGAGAAAAGUCGUUCAAAAGAGUUGAAAGUAGAGCAUGAGAAGAUGCUUCUAGAAACGCGAACUGAGAUAAUGGAAAUGACAGCAGAGCAAGAUCGUCAUUUAAAUCAGACCAACAUGAAAAUAGACACCGAAGUGGCGGGUUUGAAAACCAUGUUAGAAUCUCAUAAACUGGAUACUAUAAAAUACCUUGCAGGUUCAGUGUUCACCUGUCUCACGGUGGUCUUGGGUUUCUAUCGUAUUUGGAUGUAAGCAGGACUAUGAUUAUGAUUUUAAACAAUCAAAUCCCCUGAAUCUAACAGUCGGACACCAAAUGUCUUUUAUGUCAGAAGGUUUGCGUUCAUCGGUGCAAUCUUAUUAUUUUGUCUGAAGAAAGAGUUAUGAAAUAGAGGCUCUACUGACAGAUCACUUGUGGAAGUUUUGUAUUUAUGUUGUAUGUAUAGAUCAACCUAUAUAGAGAAGAUCAGAAGAAGAAUGUGUCACUGUGACUCUCAACCUCAUAGCUAUUUUAUCACAGAUAUUUAACCUGUGUCUAUAUUUAUGCUUUGUGGUCUCAAAAUUGUUUUAACAUGAUUGAUUCUUUUUAAUAAAAUGAAUUGUCAAUAAUUGUAAGCUUUUUGCAAAAAAAUGUGUCCCUUUCAAUUGAUAAUUUUGUGUAGGGAUAUAUUUGAUGUUACUGUUGUUGCAAACUGGCAAUAACUCU